CAAAAAGUAGAUCGUUCGGAGAGAAGACGGAGAAACGAUGGCGGUAGAAGACAGUCUGAAGCCUGUUGUUGUUGUUGCUACGGAAGAAGAGAAACCAAAUUCUCUAGAGCACCCGAUUGAUCGAUACGAUGAGGAAGGUGCGGAAGGAGGAGAGAUCGCAGACGACGAAUCAUCGGGAAAAUCCGAGGUUCCUGAAUCGCAUCGGUUGGAGCAUUCGUGGACGUUCUGGUUCGAUAAUCCUUCCGUAAAAUUAAAGCAGACGACUUGGGGAAGCUCCUUACGUUCCGUCUUCACCUUCUCCACCGCCGAGGAGUUCUGGAGUUUGUACAAUAACAUGCGGCAUCCGAGCAAGCUAGCUAACGGAGCUGACUUGUACUGUUUCAAGCACAAUAUCGAGCCUAAGUGGGAGGAUCCUAUCUGUGCCAAUGGAGGCAAAUGGACUAUGAAUUUCUCUAGGGAGAAGUCUGAUAAGCCCUUCCUUUACACCUUGCUUGCAUUGAUUGGAGAACAGUUUGACCAUGGAGAUGAAAUCUGUGGAGCUGUUGUUAACAUUAGAGCUAAGCAGGAAAGAAUAUCCAUUUGGACUAAAAACGCUUCCAACGAAGCUGCUCAGGUGAGCAUUGGGAGACAAUGGAAGGAGUUCCUUGAUUACAAUAGCAGCAUUGGUUUCAUCAUCCAUGAGGAUGCGAAGAAGCUGGACAGGAACGUUAAGAGCGCUUACACUGCCUGAAACGCCGCCCCCAACAACCUCUCCGAUCUUUACACCGUUUCAAUCACAGUUUCGUAUGUGAGAGAUCUCUAUUUAACUUGAGAUGACGUCUUUGUUCUUGAGUGUUUGAUUUGUUCACAAGUCUUAACAUUUCAUUUACUAUUAGUAUAUGUUAGUAUGAUAUUCUAAAUUGAUGGUGUAUGAAAUCAAACUUUUACCUUAUA